AUGGCUACCGACGCAUUGUCAGAUAAGUUGCGAGCCUACCUCGAGACUUGCAGCGAGGGCAUGGCCAGUCAAAUCAUGAGCACGCUGCAGCAAGCAGCAGCAAGGCGCCCUGUGCCAAAUGCAGCACCUGGCAUGGCUGUCACCAGCUCGGCUGUAGCGAAGCCCGAGAAGAAGCAGCGCAAGAAGGCGAAAUCUGACCUUGUGGCCGUUGGGCCAAAGCGACCGCUCAACUCCUGGAUGGCAUAUCGCAAGUUCUACAACAGGCUGCUCGCAUCGUACACUCAGAAAUCGAUCUCCAAGUGCUUGACGAUCCUCUGGCGUGCAGAUCUCUUCGAGGGCAAGUGGUCCAUUCUCGCCAAGGCAUACAGUAUCGUGCGCGGAUGCCGCGAGAAGAAAGAUGCUCCGCUUGACGAGUUCUUCGCCAUCUGCGCACCACUCAUCGGCGUCAUUCCGCCAGAAGAGUAUCUGCAGCGGAUGGGAUGGCAGUUGAGUCCGCCACAGGAUGGCGAUCAGGACAAGAUGCCGCAGAUCACUCGCCUCUUCACCCCAAGCCUCGACACCUUUCCUGAGAAGUUCACGACGACCACUCUCAGUGCAGAUGACCUGGUCAACCACUGCUACGCCAUGGGCUACGGCAAGGCCAGCAACAAUGACUCACAGAACGCGAGCACCCAUGGUUCGCUCACCAUGGUCUCUAAGCCAACUGCCAUCACGACCAACGACAAGGACGAGACCACACACAUGUCACCCUUCGCUCAGACGGACACCAUCCUUGCCUUCAACGCAGCUACGCCCGACAGCAGCACAAACGGAGGACUCCAGCAGGCUGCCUUCGGCGGCUUCGCCAUUUCUCCACCCUCGUCGAUCAACAAUGUCGGCCCUUCACCACUCUCGGUCGCUUCGGCGGCUGGUCAGACAACACUCGAGCAGGCGGCCAGUGUCCUGGAGCAGUCUGGCGUCGAGUUCCCGUACAACGGCCUCUUCGAUCCAGCUAUCCUGCCUAGCCAGUUCGACAUCAGCUUCAACCCUGCUGCCCCGAACACCGCAGUCGAGGAUGAUGGACGCUGGGAUGCCUUCGACCCUAGCAUGUCGAUGGCGCAGAACGAGAUGAGUGACCCGCUCGAAGAGAUGCUGAACUGGGAGUUCAUCAAUGAAGACAUGCAGUGA